UGUGGACACUUGGAGCACAGGCUGGGUGGGACGGACUACUCGGCUUUCAUAAGCAGUUUUGCAACUUGUUUCAUAACGCUUUUAUAACCAGCAGCUUUAAAUAAAGAGACGGCACAUUACACCCCAGGAUGCUCUUCUUCUCCAAAAUGAUUUGCAUAGUAGGAGCGGUCGUGUUGCUGUUUUCCAUUACAGCAGACGCCAGAAUUGGCAACUCAACUGAGCCCACGUCCUACUGCACAGAGACCGAGGAGUGUCUGCUGUUUGAUUUGAUCUGCAAUGGAACAGAAUAUGAAGUGCGUCAUUAUGAGGCUGCCAAAUGGGUCACCACAGAGGAGAAGUCAAUGUUUAAGGACGUGGCCAUAAUGAAAGCGUUCAAAAAACUUUUCAAUUACAUUACAGGUGAAAAUGAAGCAGGGGUUAAAAUUCCCAUGACAGCUCCAGUUCUUAUUAAAGUGAAAGAGGAAAUGCCUUUUUUGGAACCAGCAGUCUAUGGUCUGAGCUUCUUGUUGCCUUCUGCCUACCAGGACAAUGCUCCCAAGCCAACCGACAGCACUGUGCACCUCGAGGAAAUGACGGAUAUGAAAGUGUACGUUAUAAGCUAUGGAGGCUGGAUGGUAGGACCAGUAUCUACUAUUUAUGCUGACCUGCUUAAAAAAGCACUGGACAACGUUAAAGCCACUUAUAACACGGACUACCACUAUGACGCUGGUUAUAACAGUCCAAUGAAGCUGCUGAACAGACAUAAUGAGGUGUGGUAUGUGGUCAGUGGAGCACCAGUGUGUCCACAUGUUGAACACCCAUCUCCCUCAUCUCCAGCACAUCUGAGCUUACAAAAGCCAGAAGACUGAACUGUUUCGUGCUGAACCUGAAAAGCACCUGUCUUUGUUAUUGAUGUUGAAAUAAACCUUCAUUAUUUCAAAUAUUCUUCAUCAUUUUGUUUGUUAAAACAUUUUUUUUUAUAUUAUUUUUCCCAGGCUUCUUACUCAUUAAAGAAAAUAAUGAACUGUAGCUGAAUUUUCAUUAAAUGUAUGAGAACAAGAACUCAGCACCAGUGCCAUAUUUGAACCUUUCCCCUCUCAACAGCAGAGGUCGCUAUUACAAAAAGUUUUAUUAACUCAAUUACUGCAAGAAUUUAGAAAUUUACUGGGAUACAGUUUUUUCUCAUAUACAUUGAUGUUUUUAAAGUUUUAUACACAGCAUGAAUGUUUUAAGACUGUAAUAAAGGACUUCAUUGACUCUUACAAAUCACUAGCUUUAGUGUUUAUUAAUGUGUUCUGUAAAAAAUAAAAUAAACAAAUUUGGAAUAAAGUUGUAUUUGGGCUGUUAAACCUUUCUGAAUGAAAAACUGAUCUAAAGAUUUGUUUGUGAAUUCUUUGCAAUUAAACACGCUCCUGCUUCUCGA